CUCCUCAUGACCAGCUUCUGACUCCUGAGAUACAAUCACGCUACAGCUGUUACAGAACUUUCUGGAAUUUCCUCCUCAAUUCAGCUUUUCCCUUAUAGAGAUGAAUGAAGAGACCACAGCUUUUUCUACCCUAAAUGAGAACUCUCAGAUGCAGACAGCAAAGAACAGUAGGAAGAAUAAAUUUUGUUCAAAUGAAUUGUCAUUCAAGGGAGAGAAGCAAAAACACUGCAAACGCCGUAAAAAGCACAAAAAUCCAGCAGAAGAUGUCACUGGUGAAGAGGAUUACUCGCCUCCGUGGAGGCGCAUCUCCGGAGUGCUUGGUGUCCUGUGUCUUCUCCUGAUGGCUGCAGCUGUGGUGGUGGCUGUUCUCACUGCAAACUCAUCUUCUGAAAGCACUUCUUCGGCAGUCCAGCAAAAAGGACCUCAUCAUCAUCCUUGUCCAAAGAACUGGGUCUGGUUCAGAUGCCGUUGUUACUACUUCUCCAAGGAAGCUCUGACUUGGAGAGAGAGUCAGCGUGCCUGCUCAUCUGUCAAUUCCAGUCUCAUCAAGAUAAACAGAGAGGAGAUGGAUUUCUUCACUCUGAAACAUUUCUUUUGGGUUGGCGUCUACUACAAUGGAACUAGCAAACAGUGGCUGUGGGAAAAUGAUCUGGCUCAGCCCUCUGAUAUUGUCCAGGAUACAACCCAGGGCCGUACUCUUACUAGGCAAGUGCUCCACCGCUGA